AGUUUUCCUAAAAACCCUAAAAAACACAAAUACAGUUUUAGAUUCAUUUCUCCUUUCCGCAACCAAAACAUCGGAGAGAAAGCUACAUCACACGUUUCUCGGUCGUCUCUCUCUCUCUCUAUUGCGAGACCAUCGAAUCCCUAACCCUAAACCUAAACCUAAACCUAGACCACAACAACAACAACAAAUCUCUCAAUCUCUCUCUCUGUAUCCAUGGCGGCCAAUAACGGAUCCGAUCACGGAUCAGACGAGAACACGCGUCUCUACAAUCCAUACCAGAACUUCGAGGUCCCAAUCAAAUCUCAGUACCUUUACAAGCUUCCUACCUCCCCUGAGUUCCUCUUCACGGAGGAGUCGUUGCGGCAGCGUCGAUCUUGGGGUGAGAAUCUCACCUUCUACACCGGAACCGCUUACCUCGGCGGCUCCGUUGCCGGCGCUUCCGUCGGCCUCUUCACCGGAUUCAAGAGCUUCGAAUCCGGCGACACUACUAAGCUCAAAAUCAACAGGAUCCUUAACUCCUCUGGUCAGACCGGUCGAACCUGGGGUAACCGGAUUGGUAUCAUUGGGCUGAUCUACGCAGGUAUCGAGAGUGGCGUCGUGGCUGUGACUGAUAGGGACGAUGUUUGGACCAGUGUGGUGGCUGGUCUUGGAACCGGAGCUGUCUUCAGGGCGGCGCGUGGGGUUAGAUCUGCGGCUGUGGCUGGUGCUCUUGGUGGUUUAGCGGCUGGUGCUGUGGUUGCAGGGAAGCAAGUUGUGAAGCGGUAUGUGCCCAUUUGAAGAAGAAUGUGAGUCUAAUUGGAAGACUCGUCGUUGUUGAAAUUUUUGAUAGGGAGAAGAAUUUGAUAGGUUUCGUAUGUCUUUGGAAUCAUGAAAUUGAAAAACUUGUGUUGGUUUCAAAGGUGUACAAAUCUGUAUGUCAUAAUGCAGUUCACUUUGAAGAAUAACCUGCAAACCUUUUUUAUAUUUAUACUCAUAAAAGUGUCUUGCUUGCUUGAUAGUUUCUGAUGAGUUAGUGUCCUGUGCUAUAUUUCAUGCUAAUGUUUGAUCUAUGUGUUGUAUCAGACUUCUUUCAAGCAUUUCUUAACAUUUUAUGGCUUUUA